GGCGGCCACUCCGCACAGCUGACCUCCGCAGCUCCAGGUUCCCUGCGCUCCGCACCUCGGUGGCUAUGCUUCCCGGCGCCGCCCGAUCCCCGCUGCCCGCGCUCCUGGCCCUGCUCUGGGCUCUGCUCCCAGGGCCUGGAGGUGCCCAAACAUCAGUGGACCCCCAAAAAGUCACCAUACCCCGGGGAGGUUCCGUGUUGGUGAACUGCAGCACCUCCUGUGAUCAACAUACCCUCUUGGGUCUGGAGACUCAUUUGAAUAAGAAAGAAGUGGCCAGGGGGUCCAACUGGGAGACCUAUGAACUUAGUAACAUACAAGAAGACACCACUCCCUUCUGCUACUCAACCUGCCACAACACCCAGACGAAAGCUACAAUGUCCCUCGCUGUGUACUGGUUCCCAGAGCGAGUGGAGCUGGCACCCCUUCCCCAAUGGCAGCCUGUGGGCGAAAACCUCACCCUCCAUUGCCAGGUGGAGGGAGGGGCGCCCCGGACACACCUCUCCGUGAUGCUGCUCCAAGGGGAGAAGUUGCUGAGCCGGCAGCCUGCGGUGGGGACGCCUGUGGCUGAGGUCACGGCCACAGUGUUGGCACGCAGAGACGACCAUGGCGCCAAUUUCUCUUGCCGCACAGAACUGGACCUUCGGCCCCAAGGGCUGGGACUAUUCCAGAACAGCUCAGCCCCCAGACAGCUCCGAACCUUCGUCCUGCCAAAGCUCCGCCCACACCUUGGUGCUCCCCGGAUCCUGGAAGUGGGCACACAGGGGUCCGUGAACUGCACCCUGGAUGGGCUGUUCCCGGUCUCAGAGGCCCAGGUUCACCUGGCACUGGAGGACCAGAGGCUGAAACCCACAAUCAAGUACAGCAAGGACUCCCUCUUGGCCACCGCCGUGGUGGAGGGGACCCCGGGGGAGGAAGGCAUCCAUCCGCUGACCUGUGCAGUGACCCUGGGAAACCAGAGUCGGAGGACCCGGGAGAAUGUGACCAUCUACAGUUUCCCAGCUCCCAACUUGACCCUGAGUGAACCUGAAGUCCCGGAGGAGACUGAGGUGAGCGUGGAGUGCAAGGCCCAUGCUGGAGCUGUGGUGACGCUGAGCUGGGACAAAGCUGGGUCUCCAUUGCGGAGUCCCCAAACCGAGCUGAAUGCCACUGCUGAGGACAACGGGCGUGUCUUUUUGUGUUCUGCUGCCCUGGUGGUGGCCGGGAAAGUGCUGCACAAAAACAAGACCCAGACGCUCUCUGUCUUGUAUGGCCCCCGACUGAACAAGGACACUUGCCCAGGAAACUGGACUUGGGAGGAAGGCACCCUGCAGAACCUGAGUUGCCAGGCCUUGGGGAACCCAACCCCCAAGCUGGACUGUCACCGGAAAGGGGAUGGGGCUUUGCUGCCCAUCGGGGACCUGAGGCCUGUCACGCGGGAUAUUGCGGGCACCUACGUGUGUCAGGCCACCAGCAGUCGCGGUGCGGUCACCCAUGAAGUGGUUGUGAACGUGAUCUAUCACCAGAGUAACGUGGUCACCAUCAUUGCAGUGGCAGCUCUCAUUUUGGGCAUUGCGAGCACAGUGGGUCUGGCCGCUUACCUCUAUAACCGCCAGCGGAAGAUCCGGAAGUACAAGCUACAGAAGGCCCAGGAGGAAGCCGCCCUGAAGCUGAACACGCCACCCUGA